CUCCCCUUCUUAUUCCCACUCCCUCCGCCGUCCCUGAACCCAGCCCUCCCCCCCUCCCUUCUUCUCCAUCCAUCCCCGAGACCAACCAACCAACAAUGGAAGUUGCUGCGCCCAAGCAACUCCUCCCCAUGGCGCCGCGGGACCCCAACUCCCCGUCCUCCUCCACCUCCUCCUCCUCGCCGUCCUCCGCCGCGUCGCCCUCCAGCCACCGCCCCAGCCCGCUGCCGCCGUCCCCGCGGCCCGUGCCGCGCACCAUCGACACCACCCCCUUCCCCACCACCUUCGUCCAGGCCGACACCACCUCCUUCAAGCAGGUCGUCCAGAUGCUCACCGGCUCCGAGCAGUCCUCCAAGAGCGCCGCCGCCGCGGCGACGACCAACGGCAGCGCCGGGAACCAGGCGGCGAGCGGGAGCGGGCCGUGCCGCCCGAAGAAGCCGUCCUUCAAGCUGUACGAGCGGCGGAGCAGCCUCAAGAACCUCAAGAUGAUCGCGCCGCUCGCCAUGGCGGCCGCCGCGGGGGCGUCGCCGAGGAAGGCGCUGCCGGAGCUGCUGUCGCCCAGCGUGCUCGACUUCCCGUCGCUGGCGCUCAGCCCCGUCACGCCGCUGGUGUCCGACCCCUUCAACCGGUCCGCGUCGGCGUCCCCGGCGGAGCAGGAGGCGGCCGCGGAGCGCGCGGCCAUCGCGCGCAAGGGCUUCUUCCUCCACCCGUCCCCUCGGGGCGGCGCCGGCGAGCCCCCGCCGCGCCUGCUGCCGCUGUUCCCCGUCACCUCCCCCCGGAUGGCCUCCGCCUCCGCCGCGCCGUCGUCGGAGUGAGCGAGCCGACUCUCUCCGCCGCGUAGAGCGUACGACGUACGGCGGCGUACUAUUACUGAAUUGUCCGGAGUAGCUCGUCCUCGGUGCUGGUAGUAUGUUGUAAUUUUUGCUCGCGUUGUUGAGCGACGGCUCGCGAAGGAACGGAAAAGGAUCACACUCUUUGAGCUCC